AUGACAAAGCAGGCCACUAAGAUCGCCCAAACCUCCCGGUUGGGUCGUGGCUGUUUUGAGCCUCACGUCUCGUCUCCGCUCCAACCCCUGGUUUUGGACCCCGAGUCGCAGAUUGACGAGGACGCCCCGGCUACGACCACUGCUGGCCUCGCUUCUCUGACCGACGAGGCUGAAAAUAGCACUGCUGCCCAAACCUCCGGGACCGACGACGACGAGAUCGAUGAGAAGAAGCUUAAUGACGACAAAUUCGACGAUGACGAUGACAAGGACUCUGCCCGUAUUCCUCUGGGCGACAUUACUCACCUUCUCACCAUUCCGGCCAACUCCAAGACUUUUGGCCUGCCCCAAAUUGCCCGUCCCACUUCCCACAACUUUGCUCCCAAGAAGGCCCACAAAGUUGCAGAGCAAGGCCCAGAGCCUGAGCCCUCUGGAAAAACCCAGGCUGCCAUCGACAUUCCUCGCACCCACCGCAAUAACGCUGCUUCGAGUUUCAAUUUGAGGGUUGAGCUUCCUGAGCAGGACGAGAACACCCAACCUCUCUCGAUGCCUCCCCGCCGCCGCUCUGGGCCUUUGGCUCAUCGGGCUGGACCUUCGACUCAUUAUAUUCACGUCCCAUCUUUCGUCAUCAACGACGGAUCCCCCGAUCACGCCGAGAUGGCUCGCCAGUGGGUUCUCGAGUACCGCAAGGAAAUUCAAGAGUGCGAGGAAUGGAAUGCCGAGUCUCGCAAGCUCAUGUCCAUGAGAGGCACUCCUCGUGGUCGCCGACUCGUCAAGAAGUCUGGCCGCAUCAGCUCCAGCCCUCUUUUCAAGAGCGAGACCAAGACGAAGUUUGGCUUUGACCUUGGUGAGCAGGAACAGAAACUGGACUUUGAGAUCUUUGUCGACGAGGACUGCGAGCCCAUCACCUCCACUGCUGCUAAGAAGUGGAAGAUAAAGGCUGUCGCUGCUGUAGUCGAGGACACAGACUCAAUAUCCGACUUUCAGUUGCCUUCUCCCAUCUUCUAG